CCGGCAGUCGACGCGUAUCGAGCGCACGUCAGUGUCAGUUGUCAGGUGUCGGCCGCGGAGUACGCGCGUGUGUUCAGUGAAGUGCGCGGGGCUCCACCAUGGCUCUGCUCAGACGAUUAGCCGCAAACGCGCCCCGGGGCGCUCGUGCCCUCGCCUCGGCGCCGCCGCCGGCGCGCGACGAACUCGACCUUUCCUUCAGCAGCCCUAAAGAUGCCUUCAAAAGCAAGAAGACGAGCGAGCUGGUGCGAGCGUACCUCGUCUACCAGAUUUGCUCGGUCAACUGGCUCGUUGAAAACAACGACAUGCUGAUGAAGCGGAUGCGGCAAGUGGUCGGCAAGAAGCUCUUCGAAAUGAUAAUGAAAGCCACGUUCUACGGGCAAUUCGUCGCUGGCGAAGACCAGAACAAAAUCCGACCCACGCUGGACAGACUGCGAUCAUUCGGCGUCAAGUCUAUCCUUGACUACUCCGUGGAAGAGGACCUCUCCCAGGAGGAGGCCGAGAAGCGAGAAGUCAGCGCUUCAAUCUCCCAGAGCGGAGAGAAAGAGGAAGAGGGACAGCUGAAGCAGUACCAUGUGGAGCAGCGCUUCGCCGACCGCCGGUACAAGGUGCACAGCGCGAGGACGUACUUCUACCUCAAUGAGGCGGCGUGCGAGAGGAACAUGGAGGCGUUCCUCAAGAGUAUUGAAGCUGUGGCCGACACCACGAAAAGCACGGGCCUCAUGGCGGUCAAGUUGACCGCGCUGGGAAGACCUCAGUUGCUGUUGCAACUGUCCGAAGUGAUCAUGCGCGCCCGCAACUACAUGCAGCAGAUUGUGGGCGGCACGGGCAACGUGCUCACUCACCACAAGACCAUCGAGGACCUGCAGCGAUACUUCGGGGACCACAGCGCGAAGCCGGAGGUCCAGGAGUUCAUGAAGCAAAUCACCUCGGACAAAGAGGGCAUUGUGCAUUUAUUCCCCUGGUCGGGAAUCCUCGACAAGGACAUGGGGUUGUCGGACUCGUUCCGUGUGCCGGACCCUAAGACCGGCCAGAUGAGACGGCUCAUCUCACAGAUCCUGCCCAAGGAAGAGGAGAUGUUCCGAAACAUGCUCCGGCGGCUCAACCACAUUAUCCAGACCGCCAACGAGGCCGAUGUGCGAAUCAUGAUCGACGCUGAGCAAACGUACUUCCAGCCGGCCAUCAGUCGCAUCUGUCUCGAGAUGAUGCGUCGUUACAACAAGGACAAGUUCCUCGUAUUCAACACGUACCAGACCUACCUGAAGAACACCUACAACGAGAUCCUCACCGACUUGGAGCAGGCCGAGCGGCAGAACUUCUACUGGGGCGCAAAGCUCGUCCGCGGUGCUUACAUUGAGCAGGAGCGCGCGCGAGCCGCGGCGAUGGGCUACGAGGACCCCACGUGCGAGAGCGUGGAGGCCACCACCGUGUCCUUCCACAAGUGCCUCAAGGAGAUCCUCUCCAGGGUCAAGGGCCGCGAGGGCGCGGCGUCCCAGCUGGGCAUCAUGGUGGCGAGCCACAACGAGGACACGGUGCGCUACGCCAUCGAGCUCAUGCAGCAGCACGGCAUCCGGCCCGGCGACAAGGUGGUCUGCUUCGGCCAGCUGUUCGGCAUGUGCGACCACGUCACCUUCCCGCUCGGUCAAGCCGGCUACUCGGCGUACAAGUACGUGCCGUACGGGCCGGUGGACGAGGUGCUGCCGUACCUGUCGCGGCGCGCCAACGAGAACCGCGGCUUCCUCUCCAAGAUCAAGAAGGAGAAGAGCCUCCUGCUCAAGGAGAUCGCGCGCCGCCUGCUCACCGGCCAGCUGUUCUACAAGCCCGUCGGCAACUACAAGCCGGUGUAAAUGCCACCUUGACACCUUGUGCUGUAGUCUAAUUUCCUUUGCGGAGUGUUUCGGUUCGAGUUGAAAGUAGUGUGACUCGGAGCGGAUUGUGAUAUGGAUCAUCGGGUUUGUUGUGAAGGUGGUUUGGAUACUGGCCGGUUGGAAUGUCUAUGAGAGGUUUAAGCGUCAAUCGUUUAAAGGUAAGCGUAAAACGUCCCUAUUUACUGAGGUUAAAAACUAAAAUUCCAUUACAGUUGGCAACUAUGAAUAGAACAAUGGUGACAUCUGUAGUGUGAACAUCGUUACUUAUAGAUGGCAAAACUACUAGCUCCAUCUAUAAUGAAGAACAGUUUUUAUCCCUAUAAAUAUGGCGAAGUGAAUCUAUUUUUAAAGGUUUGACGUGUUAGGCCUACCGAGGACGCUUCAAGUGAGAUAUUGUGCAUCUCAGUCACGAUUAAAAUAGUUUAAAGCGUUAGAAAGUGAAGGAAAAUGGCGGCUCGAUACCGGCGGUAUGAUUUUUUAAACAUGUUGUUACUAGUCAAUGGAAUGGAAACGGUCAGUAUUUUCGAAUGUCACCUUUAACGUCAAUGUGUGUGUGAACGGGUCAAUUCAGCAGUACACGAGGAUAUCUGUAAAACAAAGUUAACGUCAAAAUGGAUCAAAUGUUACAAACGUGAAUGUACCCCGCUUGUCAUAAUAGGAAAUUAAUUGUAUUUAUUUUAAUGCUUAAUUUAUUGUUAUAGGAAGGGUAAUCGACUUUACGUAGUUGAAACAAAGUCCAAAUUAACUUUAAAAGUUAUACGUGUCUUAUUUACAGACAGUUGUAAUUACAAAAUCAGCGUUGUUUCUGUGCUAUAUUUAUAGGAGUUUUACAAAUACAAUCAAUUAUGUGUCCUAAUACUGGAUCUUAGAGUCCUUGUUACUGUGUUUAAUUUAAAUGAUUGUCAUUAAAGUUUGUUCCAAUUAUUUAUUUUAUGUGAUGUUUCAAAUGAUAUUUUAGACCUUAUGACUCGUUCUCAAGCAAGGUUUUACAAUAACAUUCACGAUACUGGUGCAUAGAUGAACUUUGGUGACGUAUUAAGGCUUGUAACUUUUUUGUUAUGAUAUAAAUAAAGGAAGGAACUAAUAACUGUUUAUAAGUAUACAUAUCUAUUACUUAUUUUAUAUCGUUUUUAUAUGUAUGAUAAAUAAAAUCAAAAGCAUCGUAUAAUAUGUAUGUAUAUGAAAUUAUAAGAAUUGUUAAAUAUUAUGUAAAUUGUACAUUGCUAUAUUGAAAAUUGUAUAUAUUUAUACAGGAAUAGGUUACUUGCCUUAAGAUAUCACCUAAAAGCGUGUCCGUGUGUUACUAGAAAAUGGGAGAGAUGUUAAAUGUUUCAUUUAGACAAUAACGAAUUACGUAGAAUAUGAUGCAAAAUGAAUUGUUUUUAAUGGAUUAUUUCCUUUUCGUAUUACAAUUAAAAUUACUUAUAACUGAGGCACUCUUUAAGAGUUCUGACACACAAAAUCAGAAAUUAGCUAUUUUCAAAACCUCCGAAAAAAAAUGUAUCUGGCCUGCGACCUAAUAAUUAUUUUUUGAUUCAAUUUUAUCAAAACGCGAUAGUAUGGCAGAAGAUAUCAGUGUGUUGCAGUUUUGAUAAAGUUGAGUAACUAUUGUUAUUAUAAUUUAUUUUAACAGAUAACUCGCCUCGUAUUAUAAAUGUGUUUAGUUUCUUUUUGUUUAUUGUUGGUGUCGUUUGUGAAUCAUGAUCACUACUUUAUUAAGCUACUUUAACAUUAACAUUUCUAAUCUCUCGAUAAAUUAAAAUGUUUGUGUAGCAUAAUGUAAUUGGGAUUUUACGCGCCGCAUUCGAUUUUACCGACGCUCCUUCUUUGUGAAAAAGUAACAGAGAAAAGGAUUUAAAAAUACCGUCGGUAAGUGGCGCCAUCUGUUAAAGUAGCGCGCAGUUGUAAGUUUCUUUGCAAUAUUAGGCUAUAUCAAUGUCGCGUUUGAACAACUAUUUACUUAAAUCGAAUACGAAUGCAUUUCAUUGUGUUCCAGGUUAUAAAUUAAGUUAGAAAUCUGAAUUGUCAUGUUAUUUAUUAUGUAAUAUAGAUAGCUGGCCCAAUGAAUUGUCCUAUUUUUCGAUAAUAUGGGUUAUAUGCAAGCGAAGCUACUACCUACUUUUAAAGAUUGUAUGUAUCUUACAAAUGGUGUUAAGUUCCUUAAGCUGGAUUUGAUAUUUAAAACCAUUUGUUUUGAUUAGGAAAGUUUGAAUCUUUGUAUAAAAUUUGUUUGUUUGAUUUAAGUUUUACGAUUUGAUCGCUGGUAUAGCCCAUAUUUAAGGCGAUAUGUAAGGAACGAAAGGCUUGCGAAUUUUAUUAUUUGCAGAGCACAUUUAUAUUCUCCUAUUGCCACCUCAAAUCAGUUCCUACGUCAUUGAUUUAGGUUCAAUUUUAUUUUAAAUUAUUUGUUUUUAUUUUGCUUUGUAAAAAUAUUGUUAAGUUGCAAAGCCAUAUUGAGUAUAAUCGAAAUAUCGGCCUCGACGUAAGUAAUGUCUAAUGACGUAUUUAGCACAAGUAUUUCAACCCGUACAACCGAAUUUAUAAUAAUAUGAGUAUAAAUAUAACAAUAGGCCCCAACGUAUAAAAGAUAUAUUACAUAUAUGGUUGAAAAGUUGACGACAGUAACGUAGGUAUGCUGAAAAUCAUAACUUUUGCAUAUGUACAAUAUGUAUCCUAAGUUACAUCCUUGGGGCACAUCGUCCUUAGUUUAAAUGCUGACUAAUGGGAAUCAAUUGUAUUCUUACUUUUUUAACAAAAAUUUGAAAGCAAGUGAAAUGAAUCAUGAAUAUACCUUCAGGGAAUAAUAACGUUUAAUAUAAUUAUCAUGUUUUCUGUGCGUUACAGUGUCCAAUGCCUUCAAUAAAUCCAAGGUUAAAGAACUUGUGCAAAGUAUAUGAAAUUAUCGAAUCUCAUUGCAUUUUCAGUAUUAAAGUUUACGUCGGGGUUUUCUAAAAUUGUUAAUUUCGUAUUAUGUUGUUUAAUUCGAUUUAUUUGUAAGCGGUUUUACGUUAUUUACCGUCGCUUAUCAUAAUUGUGAUGCUAUUUUUAGAUUAUUUUACGAAUAGACAUUUAAUAAAGACAUAAGCUCGUUUUGAUAA